AUGCGAUCGGUCCAAGCAAUCGCAAUCCUCCUCGGCCUCUUCAAGAAUUUCGGAGACUUCAAUCUCCACUCGACACUUCUCGCAGUGGGAAUCCGCAUCGCCCAAACUCUUUGGGUGAAUGCGGAACGCCCAAACAAUUCCUUGGUUCUAGACGAAAUCUAUCGCAGGGUAUGGUGGACUUUUAUGAUAUGCGAGUGGCUCCGAAGACCAUAUGGACCACCAUGCGUCCGUGAGAUCGACUUCAACAUCGCCCCUCCGUUGCUUCUCGACGAUGACGAGCUCCUCGACCCCACCUUGGCCGAAAAUCCACACCUUGCGCCACCUAAACCACGUCCAAUCCAGUAUCAUAUGGCCAUGAUUGAGAUCGCACGAUGCUAUCACGCCUUCAACAUGGAACUGGGAUAUGUCUGCCACGAUGAGACGAAGCUCGAGGCUUUGGUCUUGAAAUCGGAUGAAGCACUCGCAAGUGUCAUUGAUAGACUUCCCCCUCAUCUACAAGCAGGUUCGGAAAUUGAGGCAUUGUCGGACUCGGAUUCGAAUGGUGGAGAGCAGUCACUGGAUUGGGCCCUCUGGCAACGAAACAGCAUAUCUUUGGUUUUUCUGUUCUAUCGUAUGGCCAUCAACAGGGUGCUCCAGCAACAAUGGAUCCGUUCGCAACACUCGUACGUUCGAAGUCGGGCAGUGUGCCUCGGAUCGGCCAGAGCCACAGUAUCCCUCAUUCAUCGGUACAGCUCUGCCUUGGCACGGUACAGACCUUGGGCAACGACGGCGAAUCUCUUCUCAGCGGCUAUCACCUUGGCUGUUGAAGCACAAUUCUGUGACGAACAUACGGCAGCAGCCUACUUUGAGGACGUGGAGCGUUGCAUUGCCUUUUUCGCUGAUAUCAAGGAUCAAAGUGUUGUCGCUGCUCGUGCGAUUGCCACUCUCCAACAAUACUUAUCUAAACCGACGGAUGAGAGCUAA